AUGAUUUAUGUCAUAGUUAUGAGUUGCUCAGCAGCGGCCAAAGUUGACUAUGUACACAUCCCUGAUACAUGCAGCAAGCUACACCCAGACCGUGGUACACCACCCAGACCGUGGUACACCACCCAGACCGUGGUACACCACCCAGACCGUGGUACAACACCCAGACACCACCCAGACCGUGGACACCACCCAGACCAUGGUACACCACCCAGACACCACCCAGACCGUGGUACACCACCCAGACCGUGGUACACCACCCAGACACCACCCAGACCAUGGUACAACACCCAGACCGUGGUACACCACCCAGACCGUGGUACACCACCCAGACCGUGGUACACCACCCAGACCGUGGUACACCACCCAUACACCACCCAGACCGUGGUACACCACCCAGACACCACCCAGACCGUGGUACACCACCCAGACACCACCCAGACCAUGGUACACCACCCAGACCGUGGUACACCACCCAGACCGUGGUACACCACCCAGACCGUGGUACACCACCCAUACACCACCCAGACCGUGGUACACCACCCAGACACCACCCAGACCGUGGUACACCACCCAGACACCACCCAGACCAUGGUACACCACCCAGAUCGUGGUACACCACCCAGACCGUGGUACACCACCCAGACCAUGGUACACCACCCAGACCAUGGUACACCACCCAGACCGUGGUACAAGACCCAGACACCUCCCAGACCGUGGUACACCACCCAGACCGUGGUACACCACCCAGACCAUGGUACACCACCCAGACCGUGGUACACCACCCAGACACCACCCAGACCAUGGUACACCACCCAGACCGUGGUACACCACCCAGACAACACCCAGACCAUGGUACACCACCCAGACACCACCCAGACCGUGGUACACCACCCAGACAACACCCAGACCAUGGUACAUCACCCAGACACCACCCAGACCAUGGUACACCACCCAGACCAUGGUACACCACCCAGACCAUGGUACACCACCCAGAACGUGGUACACCACCCAGACACCACCCAGACCAUGACCCCUAAACCACACGUACAGACCCCUAAACCACACGUACAGACCCCUAAACCACACGUACAGACCCCUAAACCACACGUACAGACCCCUAAACCACACGUACAGACCCCUAAACCACACGUACAGACCUCUAAACCACACGUACAGACCCCUAAACCACACGUACAGACCCCUAAACCACACGUACAGACCCCUAAACCACACGUACAGACCCCUAAACCACACGUACAGACCCCUAAACCACACGUACAGACCCCUAAACCACACGUACAGACCCCUAAACCACACGUACAGACCCCUAAACCACACGUACAGACCCCUAAACCACACGUACAGACCCCUAAACCACACGUACAGACCCCUAAACCACACGUACAGACCCCUAAACCACACGUACAGACCCCUAAACCACACGUACAGACCCCUAAACUACACGUACAGACCCCUAAACCACACGUACAGACCCCUAAACCACACGUACAGACCCCUAAACCACACGUACAGACCCCUAAACCACACGUACAGACCCCUAAACCACACGUACAGACCCCUAAACCACACGUACAGACCCCUAAACCACACGUACAGACCCCUAAACCACACGUACAGACCCCUAAACCACACGUACAGACCCCUAAACCACACGUACAGACCCCUAAACCACACGUACAGACCCCUAAACCACACGUACAGACCCCUAAACCACACGUACAGACCCCUAAACCACACGUACAGACCCCUAAACCACACGUACAGACCCCUAAACUACACGUACAGACCCCUAAACCACACGUACAGACCCCUAAACUACACGUACAGACCCCUAAACCACACGUACAGACCCCUAAACUACACGUACAGACCCCUAAACUACAUGCAGUAUGA